AUGGCUAACAAUUACAAGGCUUUUAAGGAUAACUAUAUUGCUGUUAAGCGUUCACAGAUUGAAUCAGCAUUGAUGCAGUUAUUCAGCCAGUUUGCACCCCUUCAAGGAAAAUUGGAAUUCAAGGAUAAGGAAACAUUCAAGCAGGAAAUUGAUAAGAACAAGCUUCUUUAUUUAACCAUUGAUGAAUUAAGGGCAAUGGAUGAUUUACCACCAUUACCAAACGGGGCUGGUGCUAGGUUAUUAAAUGAUGUGAAUGCACCAGUGGCGAAGCCUCAAGCAGCCCCUGCAAAUCCUGCAACCCAACCAGCACCAGUACAACAAGCUGAAGCAGAUGCUGAAGCUGAAAAAAAAAAGGGUAUCAGGAAGCUAACCGCUGAAGAUUAUGAACAGGUUAAGCAUCUUGGGCAUCUUGGGGUAACUGCUGAUGAUUUUGAUGUUGUUGAAGAAAUGGUUCAUAAUAGGCAAAGGUUUUCAACUGAAUCUGAUAUUGCUGAUUAUAUUAUUGCCAAUGAUAUUAAGGGUUUAACCAUUGAUGAAUUGGUUGAUGUAUUGAAGAAGGAAGGCGGUAUAAAGACUGAUACAAGUGAAUUAAGGGAUGUUCUUCAAGCGUUAAAGGAAUCAGGAUUAGCUGAAGUGGAUAUUGACAGGGAUGGAAGGAUUAAGGUUACACCUGUUCCAAAGGCUGAUGUUCCUGAUACGGAUAAGGUAACUGUGAUGUAUAAGUAUAAGAAAAGGCCAAACAUCAAGGGAACAGAAAUUAUUGAAGGAACCAGAAGCUUUUGUGAAAAGUUGAUAACUAAUAAUCGGUUAUAUACGCGGGAAGAUAUUGGUACAAUGUCGGCAAUCUUUGGAUAUGACAUUUAUCAAUUCACAGGGGAUGCAAGCGGCUGGUUUUUUGAAGGUGGUUUAACACCAAUCAAUUCAGCAAGUCAGGGAAAUAUAUCACCACUUGCAAAUGAUAACUAUACCAUCUCUGCUAGUCUUAAUGGAUUAACGGUUUACGGGACUAUCUCAGCAACUACAUAUUAUGGUAAUGGUGCUAACCUUACAGGGAUUGCAACAGGGCCGGGGGGUAGUGAUACCCAGAUUCAGUAUAAUAAUAGUGGUAUCCUUACAGGGUUGGGUACUAGUGAUACGGCUGCUGUAAGGAUUGAAAACCCUGAAGCCUUCAGUACAUUAUUUAUUACACCAUCAACUUCUUCCUUGGGUGCAACAACAGGGUUCUUUGCCGGGACUGGUAAUGGCUUCUUGAUAUACCCCCAAGCAAGACAGGCUUUAAGGGCUUUAUAUGAUAGGGUUUAUGUAUUUGGUGAUUCUGAUGCUGGUAACUUUGGUGUUGGUACUAAUAACCCAACUGCAAAACUUCAUGUAUUGGGGAAUUCAAUCCUUGGAGGUGGUGUCUCAGCAGUUACGAUUACUGCAACUACUUUCUAUGGUGGUACUGUAUCAACGUUGAUAAACAACUUCACAGGUCUUACUGUCAAUGGUAUUAUCUCAGCAACUACAUUAUCUGCAACAACCCUUUUUGGUAACGGUGCAAAUAUUACUGGUAUUGUUUUUCCAAUUGAAGUACUUACCACAGGUGGAACCUUUAAUAAUAAUACCCUUGUAUAUACCAAUAAUACUGGUGGAACGGUAUCAACAUUGAUAAACAACUUCACAGGACUUACUGUUAAUGGUUCAAUUUCUGCUGUAACAAUAUCUGCAACAACAUUUUUUGGUAAUGGUGGUAACCUUACAGGUCUUCCAACAUUUACUGAUUCAUAUUUUACAGGUGGUACAUACUCAGCCGGUACACUUACACUAAGGAACAACACAGGAACCACAAUUAGUAUAUCUGGUUUUAGUACUGGUGGUACUUCAAGUGCUUCAAUUGAUUCUUAUGUUACAGGCGGUACUUAUAGUAAUGGUGUGAUAACUUUCACAAACAACACAGGAACAACAUUUAAUGUUACUGGUUUAUUUACUGGUUCUACAGAUUCAAGAAUAACAGGUGGUACAUUCAGUAAUAAUAUCCUUACCCUUACUAACAAUACAGGUGGUACGGUAUCUACUGUAAUCAACAACUUUACAGGUCUUACCGUCAAUGGUAUAAUCUCAGCAACUACAAUAUCAGCUUCUACCUUUGUUGGUAAUGGUGCUGGUUUAACAGGUGUUAUUGGAAGCAAUGAAAGAAUUACAGGUGGUACAUUCACAAACAAUUCAUUAACCUUAACCAAUACCACAGGUGGUACAGUAUCUACAACAAUAAACAAUUUCACAGGUGUUACUGUCAAUGGUUUAUUAUCCGCUGCAACAAUUACGGCUUCAACCCUUUCUGUUGCUGGUAACGUGAAUGAAGCCUUCAAUGGUAUCAUUGUUGGUUCUUAUUGCCACGUUGAAGGGAAUAAUACAAGUGCUAACGGUUCUUAUGCGCAUGCUGAAGGAUUCCAAUCAAAUGCAAUUGGUGACUAUACCCAUGCUGAAGGUGGUGCAACCCAAUCAUCAGGAACUUAUUCACAUGCUGAAGGGGUGUUUAGCAUUGCAAGCGGUCAAGGAAGCCAUGCUGAAGGAUAUUCGACAACUGCAAACAUUAAUGGUGCCCAUGCUGAAGGUAGUGGUACAACAGCCAGCGGACAGAUGUCACAUUCUGAAGGUAGUGGUACAACUGCCAGCGGUCUUGGUGCCCAUGCUGAGGGAUUAGGAACAAUUGCAGCUGGAAAUAACCAGCAUGUACAGGGAACUUAUAAUAACUCAAACACAACUGCUUUGAUGAUUAUAGGCAAUGGUACAAGCGCAGCGGCUAGGGCUGAUUUGGCUAUAUUCAAUCAAUCAACAAUAGUAUUCAAUAAACCAGUUGGUUUAAGUGUUCAGGUUCCUUUGGCUUCAUUACAUAUUACAGGUGGUACAACAACAGUUGCACCAAUGAUACUUGCUUCAGGUACAACCUUACUUACACCAAUCAAUGGUACUGUUGAAUAUAAUGGAAGCAACUUAUUCUUUACCCCAACUGGUGCAACACGCCAAACAGUUAUUGUUGGUCAAACAGGUACAACCCCUGUUACAACAGGUAGUGUAAAUACAUGGCUUGCAGUAUCAAUAAAUGGUAUUCAAUAUAAAAUCCCAAUGUAUAAAUAA